ACACUUUCCGUUGUGAUUCUGACAUAGCGUGACAUACUCUUGCUGGCUAACAAAUACACUACUACUCACAUAUUCCUCGUUCUAUCUUCGUUUGUGAUUGAGUUAACUGAAGUCUAAAUCAAAUACUAUCAUUAUUUAUAGACUGUAAUUGGAAUAUAUCACAUUCUACGUUGGAUUAUAUCGCUGGAGAGUGCGUCAACCAGAGCGGAAUUACCCAGCAUCUACAAUUGUGGUUUCUUAGUACCGGAUCAAAGCUAAACACGCAUCAAUUUGGUGAACUUAAAAUCUGUUUUAUACUCCAAAUGGAUGAAUUCGAGGAGUACAGAAAUCCACUCACUAAGAGAUAUGCAAGCCGUGAGAUGGUGUGCAAUUUCGGAGAAAAGCGAAAAGUAAUCCUCUGGCGUCAACUGUGGAUAUGGUUAGCAGAGACACAAAAAGAGUUGGGAUUUGAUAUUACAGACGAACAGAUUGAUGAAAUGAAAAGUCAAAGAGAUUUAGUCGAUUUCGGGACUGCCGCAGCUGAAGAAAAGGCUCGGCGACAUGACGUGAUGGCGCAUGUAUACACUUUUGCUUUAGCUUGUCCAAAAGCUGCACCAAUCAUUCACCUCGGUGCAACAUCAUGUUUUGUUGGUGAUAACGCCGAUUUAAUCAUGCUUAAAGAUGGUUUAAAUAUACUUUUACCGAAGAUUGCUAGAUGUAUUGACCGGUUAGCUAAAAAAGCUAUGUUGCACAAGAGUUUAAUAUGUCUCGCUCGCACCCAUUUGCAACCCGCUCAACCUACUACAAUGGGUCGUAGAAUAUGUAUGUGGAUACAAGAUUUGUUAUUAGAUUUAGAGAAUCUAGAAAGGUUGAAGAACCACACAAUUCGUUUUCGUGGUGCUAAGGGUGCAGUAGGAACUCAAGCAUCUUUUAUGGAUCUAUUUCAAGGUGAUCAUCAAAAGGUUAUCAAAUUGGACGAAAUCUUAACCAAAAAGUCCGGAUUCCAGCGUUCUUGGUGUGUAACUGGUCAAACUUAUCCAAGAAAAGUAGACAGUGAGAUCUCUAACGUGUUGUCGAAUAUAGGUGCAACUGUUCAUAAAAUAUGCACCGAUAUACGACUGCUGAGUAGUUUUCACGAAGUUGAGGAACCUUUUGAAACCAAACAAAUCGGUUCAAGUGCAAUGCCAUAUAAACGUAAUCCUAUUCGUUCAGAAAGAGCAUGUUCUUUAGCACGUUAUCUAAUGCAUAUAUCGACUUCCAUGGUUUCUACAGCAUCUGUUCAGUGGCUUGAACGUUCACUAGAUGAUUCAGCUAUUCGUAGAAUUGUUCUCCCAGAAGCUUUUCUUGCAGCCGAUGCAUGUCUUAUUUUGCUACAAAACAUAGCUGAAGGAUUAAUAGUGUACCCAAUGGUAAUGGAAGCUAAUUUAAAUUCUGAACUUCCUUUCCUCGUUGUUGAACGUAUUUUAGUCAAAAUGGUGUCUGAAGGCGCAGCCAACCGUCAGGAAUGCCAUGAACGCCUUCGUAAGCAUAGUCAUGAAGCUGCUGCAGAAAUUAAAUUAAAGGGUUUAAAAAAUAGUCUCAUGGAUAAGUUACUUAACGAUGAUUAUUUUACCCCGAUACAUUCGUUACUCCCAAAUUUAUUAGAUCCAUCUUAUAUGAUCGGUCGUGCUGUUGAACAGGUGGAAGUAUUCUUGAACACUGAAGUUGAUCCAGCGAUUCACUCAUACAAAGAUUCUUUAGCACUGAACAGCAAUAUCACAAUUUGAUAUAAUAACUUUAUAAAUAGUCAAAUUGUAGUAAACUUUUACUUCAGUCCAUUUCUCUUGACAUGUUUGAAUAAUUAACUUUUGUUAUGGAUUUUUACUGCAAUUUUUCAAUUCUUUUGAUUUUAAUAUUGCUCUGAUUUUCUCCUUUUUUUUCUAUAAUAUUCAUUAAUUUGAUCCAAUCUUUGUGAUAUCUAUAAAAUUAAUUUUUAGGGUUCCAUGAUAUUGUUGAACGUUGAUUAGCCAAAUCAUGGUAUGUUACAAUGUUAUGUUCAAAUUGUAUAAAUCAUCAAAUAUAGCUCCGUUAAUUA